AUGCAAUUAGUUUCACAAAAAACUUCGCUCCACUUCCUCCGCUGCGUCCCGUCAUGCAAUCACGCCGCGCUUGAUGAUCCAACAUGUCACGUUUGUUUCUCGCCCCGGUGCGGACCCGGGAAGCCGAUACCGCUGCCGCCGUCCAAAGAUAGUUACGGAACGCAUUGUUCCUGGCCGCUCGUUCUUCUGACGCCGAUUGACGCGUAUCCAUUUCCAGGGACGAGAAUAGUCGCCACCUCGGCUCUCUAUGAAAUAAAGGGCGUCACUCGUCGGCCGGCCGACAUCGGCCUAUACGGGCCCGUAUCGCCGCUCGUUAGGAGGCAAUUAGCCCGCGGAUCACUCGGCGGGCCCGUGUCCGAAUGUGCCCGGUAUAAUUUA